AGGACCCUCACCCUCCAUCGGCCCCACCCCCGGCGCGCGCUUCUCUUCUACAAACCACCCUCGCCCUCCAUCGGCCCCACACACGUCGCGCGCUUGUCUUCUACAAACCACCCUCGCCCACAGCAGAUUACUUUCUUUUUUAUUACAUAGGAAAAAUCCAGGGGAUUUUCAAAUACAGCAAGGAGCAAAGAUGAACAACAGACGUGAACUAAAUCCAGAUCAAAGAAGAGCAAAGAAUGAGCAUGAUCGGCAACGCCGCCGAGAGCAUAAAAUGGAGUUUGAGAGAUUGAAGAUGGCGGCGGCCCAAUUGGAGCCGCUAAGAAACGAAAAUAGGCAUUUAAGAGAGGAGAAUGAAAGGCUGAACUCUAUGACGUCAAAUCUCAUGAACACGCUACAUCAACUACGUGAAAAGAUACAGCAACUACAAGAAACCAAGGAGAGGGUUGACUCAUGGAUUCAAUGUGAUAGAGUUCCAAGUCCCAAUGAAGAUGGUGCAAAUACUGAGCCCAGAACUCAACGAGAAAUCAUGGAGAUGGUUGACUCAUGGAUUCAAGGUGAUAAAGUUCCAAGUCCCAAUAAAGAUAGUGCAGAUAAUGAGACUUGUACUGAACGAGAAAUCAUGGAGAUGAUUGACUCAUGGAUUCAAUCUGAUAAGAGUUCCAAGUCCCAAUGAAGAUGGUGCAAAUAAUGAGGCUACUACUCGAGGGAAUUAAAAAGCGCUCUUACCAGCUAGCUUUUAAUUCUCUCCAAUGCGCUUAGAUGAUAUGAUCCCCUUCAUGCUUUUACCACAGUGCAUACUUUAUGAACUUGGUAGUCCUAAAAUAGCUAUGAAAGUAAUUUUAUCCUUGUACUAUCGUGCUCAUAUGUGUAUCCAGCACUUGUUAAGAGUUGGGUUUCCUUCUGUAGAAAGACCAAUCUUUGUGUUUGUAGCAUUUGUUAAGAGUUGCAUUUCCUUUGGCAGAAAGACUGCAUGUCCUAGAGUGACAAUAGACUCUUUCGCUUGUGAAAAUUUGAGCUGUUUAGAGUAGCAA